AUGACUCUAAUCUUCCCUCCAGACUCCUAUCGCAUCAACAUAACAUUAGUACCCAGGGAUGAAGAUGGAGUGUAUGUUUUGGGCAGCACAAAUAUCCUUCGUUGUUCCAUCAACAUCAAUGGAAGUCUCAUGGACUUGGAUCCUCACAUACCCACGUGCCGGCUAAGAGUCUCCAAUGAGAGUGCGCUAAAUGUCACAGAUGGCGCUAUACGACUCACUCCUGAUCAACAUCCCGGUCCUAUCACCUUCGACAUAGUCGCUUCCCUGUUCGAAAUGGACGUCAUGGUCAAAUCCACCACCGUGUGGUUCGUAGAAGAAGCGCGAAACUAUCCCAACUUUGUGUGGGGAUGGUACGAUCCUCUGAAAAGGGUACACCGAAAGUAUGUGGUUGUCGAUACAUUUGAAGAAGGAGCUCACCAUUUGAGCUGCAGCUCUCCGCGCUCCAACGUGCCUCCUCUCAACAUCACCUUCUACGUCCUGCGUUAUAAUGCAACACGGCUGAUCUUUAGCCCUCCCCCCCUGACACGAUACAAACGUUCGGACAGGUUGCCCAAGUGCGUCUGGACGGUGCCAUGGAUGAACGAUGAGCCCGGUUUGACACCGGUUCUUACUCGAACGGGUACUAACCGUAAUGGCAUUUUCCGGGGACUGUCGAGGUGCGUGUUUAUAGCACCCGGUCUUCAUCAGACGAUUUCCCAUAGCUUCAGGGUAAUCGGUGAGGUUCAACUAUCUCCACCCUGUAUAAAAAACAUUUUAUGCGUGCUUGCAUUUGCAAAACCAAAUAGCAUGUGUACAACAAUGAAUCAUUCCAUUACAUAA